AUGUCUGCAUUCAACUCUGUAAUCUCGUGUGCGGCAGAAUGGCCCACUGAGAUACAACACCUGAGCAUCUCCUUUGCUCGAGGAGCUCGUAAAAUUCUGGUAUCCUCACCAGAACAGCUCACCGAGCCACCCUCGGAAGUACUGGAUAUUUUGGAUUUGGUGCUUUCGACCGUUGGUGCACCCCGAGCUCUGUCGUGCGCGUCGACGGACAAUGCUACGCAGUCAACAAUAGCGUUUUGGUCACUUCUGAUACGGUCUCUGGCAUUUGUCUGUUAUGAUAAGUCAUAUGCAAUGGAAGAUGUAGCUUUCGUCCGACCACGGUUAUCGCACUGGAGAACAAAGGUUCGGAGCACCCGUCCAUCGGGACUGCAGAACGAUCAAAUGAACAAUAGCAGGAAGAAUACAAGUCUGAAACUUCCUACGACGACUCAUCAUCCUCCGAUGGUGGCACAAGCUAUGAAUGCAUGGAGGCUUCAACGAAUCCGAUGUCAGCCCAGUCAUCCUACGUUCCCCUUGAUGCCCACGUUCUCGCUUCUUGGCGAUACCUGUCUACUAGACACCAUCCAUACCGUUAAACGCAAUGUGUGGACAUUCAACAUCUUCUCGCCCAUGGAGGCUUACCAUUUUGUGACGGUCCUUUUACGUCUGCGUCGGUAUGGUGAUACUACCCUGAAGAACAUGGUUGAGAAGGCAUUAAAAGCAGAUGACUUCCAACAAAAGAGCUAGAG